AUGCCUCCUGCUCUUGAUGUCACACCACUGUUGGAGAACCUUCCUAUAAGAAUGGAAGUAGACACUGGUUCACGCAUAUCGAUGGUAUCAGAAGCUGUUUACAGUGAGAAACUACAGCACCUUGUGCUACAACCAACCCGGCUGAAGUUAAGGACCGACACAGGAGAACCGGUCCCAGUGCUGGGAGUUGUGGAUGUGACAGUGGAACACAACGGACAGAAAAAGACUCUUCCACUGUACAUCAUUCAAGGGAAACGGCCAGCAUUGCUAGGCCGCCGGUGGCUGGAGAAGCUCAGUCUGAAUUGGCAGGAAGUAUUCCUAGUUAGGGGUGGGGACACAGGGCCACUACAGGAGAUUCUAAAGACACAUUUCCCCGUUUUUGAUGGAGAACUUGGCAGCAUGAAAGACAUUACAGUUAAGCUGACAGUGAAACCAGGAAGCGUGCCAAAAGCUUUCAAAGCUAGACCUGUUCCAUAUGCCAUAAAACCGAAGGUGGAGGCAGAAUUAGCCAGGUUAGUGAAGAGUGGAGUACUGGAACCAGUGAGCACAAGCGAAUGGGCAACCCCGAUUGUUCCAGUCAUGAAAAAGGAUGGAACUCCACGGAUCUGUGGUGACUUUAAAGUCACAUUGAACCCUGUCCUACAUGCUGAGAAGUAUCCUUUGCCCAUUAUUGAGGAGCUUUUUGCCGGCCUAGCUGGAGGCCAGAAGUUUAGUAAGAUAGAUUUAUGUCAGGCCUAUCUACAAAUGCAUGUGGAUUCAGAGUCACAAGAGUUGUUGACUAUAGUGACACACAAAGGCCUGUAUAAGUACCGCAGGCUCCCUUUUGGAAUUACCUCUGCCCCAGCACUUUUCCAAAGAGCCAUGGACCAGAUUCUCAGUGGGAUACCAGGGGUCCAGUGCUAUCUCGAUGAUCUGCUCAUCAUGGGACCGGAUGAGCAGUCACACUUGAGGAAUCUGGACAUCACACUGCAAAGAUUGGAGGAAUAUGGCCUGAGAGUUCGGAAGGAUAAGUGUGAGUUUUUCCGGCCUUCUGUUGAAUACCUGGGGCAUGUAAUCGACAGCACAGGACUCCACAAGGCACCAUCAAAGGUGAAGACUGUUGUAGAGGCUCCAUCUCUGAAGAAUGUAAGUCAGCUGAGGUCGUUCCUGGGCCUCCUAACAUACUAUGCAAAGUUUGUGCCUAACCUUGCAAAUGCAUUGAAGCCUCUGCAUGAACUUCUGAACAAAACUAAGAAAUGGAAGUGGAUGUAUAAAUGUGAGACAGCUUUCAAGGAAGUGAAGACAGCGCUGUCACAAUCUGAGGUCCUCACUCAUUUUGACCCCACAUUGCCAAUUCAGCUGGCAUGUGACGCCUCACCUUAUGGUGUGGGGGCAGUAGUGUCACACAUAAUGCCAUCGGGCGAUGAAAGGCCCAUCGCUUUUGCAUCAAGGACUUUGAGUAAAGCAGAAAGCAAUUACGCCCAAAUUGAGCGUGAGGCACUAUCUAUAGUGUUUGGGGUGAAAAGAUUUCACCAGUACCUUUAUGGCAGAAAAUUCACGCUAUUGACUGACCAUCUGCCUCUCACCUCCAUUUUUGGUUCCCAUACUGGCAUUCAAUCGCUUGCUGCCAGCUGUAUGCAACGAUGGGCUCUUUUACUGUCUGCCCACCAGUAUGACAUUAAAUAUAGGAAGGCAGAUCAGCACGGAAAUGCUGAUGGGCUGUCAAGACUUCCACUGCCGGUCACACACAUUGAGCCGAAACAGGCUGAGAUAUUCUGCUUCAAGGAAGCGGCUGCUACCCCAGUGACCUCAGCUCAUGUGAAGAGACACACUCGCAAUGACCCAAUCCUGUCUGAAGUUAUGGACAUCAUUGCUUGCGGCAGAAAAGGAGAUAUGACCCAAAGCUUAAAGCCAUAUCUGAUGAGAAAAAAUGAGCUUUCAGUCCAGUCUGGAUGCUUAUUGUGGGGCUAUCGUGUCAUUAUUCCUCCACCAUUAAGAGAAAAAGUGCUUGAUGAGCUUCACUCUGGGCACUGUGGUGUAGUGCGAAUGAAAGAAAUGGCACGCAGCUAUUUGUGGUGGCCAAGCCUGGAUGCAGCUAUAGAAGAAAAAGCCAAGUCAUGCUCUGCCUGCCAGAAACUGAGAAACCUCCCACAGCUGGCUCCCUUGCAUCCGUGGGACUGGCCUGAGGAACCAUGGCAAAGAGUCCAUGUUGAUUUUGCUGGACCACUAGAGAACCACAUGUUCUUACUUGUAAUUGACGCUCAUAGCAAAUGGCCUGAGGUCGCUGUCAUGAAGAGCACCUCGUCAGAGAGAACCAUUGAAGAGUUGAGAUCCAUUUUCAGUCGUAAUGGUCUGCCACAGCAGUUGGUUAGCGACAAUGGUCCACAACUGGUGUCAGAAGAAUUUAAGGCGUUCAUGGAGGAGAAUGGUAUUCAGCACAUCAAGUCUGCGCCCUAUCAUGCGGCUACAAAUGGGCUUGCGGAAAGAUUUGUACAGGCUCUGAAGAAAGCUCUCAAGUCCUCCCAAGCACACAAACCCUUAAAAGGCGCCUCGAUGCUUUCUUCGAUGUUCAAGAGACAACUCCGCACUCGACUAGAUCUCCUGAAACCUCUAAAGACAAGAGAGGUUGUGCAUCAGCAACAGAAGGCUCAAGUGGAAAGACGGGCAAAUGCAAAAUUGCGGAGCUUCAUGAAACCAGUGACCAUCGCAUCUGGAGAAGACACCUCGACCAACUGCUGCACACUUUGGGGUCUCAUGAUGACUCACGCCAGCCGACAUCUUUUGUUCCGGAGCUGUGUCCUUCCCUGGGGCAGCCUCAAACCCCAGACACGGCUGCUGUUCGAAGUGCACCUGGAUCUGCUCCUGGCACACCGGAACCUGCACGAGUACCUGCCUCAGGUUUCGCUUCACCCAGACCAGAACCCACACCAUCUACAGUGA